AUUGCUCAAAAAAUAAUAAUAUUAAGACCAAGAUAUUUAUUUACCCAUUCCUCCUCCCAAUUGCAUUUCAUUCCAUUUAUCCACUUCCACCAAUAAACCACCACCAACCACCACCACACAACCAUCAACAGAAAUGUCGAUUUCCACAGCCGUCGCCACCGCAGCAUCACCACCAACUCUAGCCAUUCCAAAUCCUACUUCAUUAACAACAAAAUCAUCAUUUUCUUCCUCAAGUUCAUCUUUCUUUAACAACACCACCUCCUUCAGAUCUUUAACUUUAGCUGCUAAUGGCAAAAGAUCCAAAAAUGUCAACAAGAAGAAAAGUGGGGGGUUCUCUGUGAAUUGUUUGUUUGGACUUGGUGUCCCUGAGCUUGCUGUUAUUGCCGGUGUCGCUGCUCUCGUUUUUGGUCCCAAGAAACUCCCUGAAGUUGGCCGGAGUAUUGGCAAAACCGUUAAAAGCUUCCAACAGGCAGCGAAAGAAUUCGAAACAGAGCUAAAAAAGGAACCCGAGUCACUAGGGGAGUCUUCUGAUGUAACCAAUGUGAGUGACAAGGCACCUGAAGACUUGAAAGUGCCAAGCACAAAGGAAAGUUCGUAGACAGAUAUCCACAGUUCUUCAUGUAAUGUUAGCUUCGCUGUAGCACGUUAUAGGACAUGUUUGAUAGUUACAAAUUCAAUUCAUGGCGUUCGGACAAGUAUGUAUGAGAAGUUGUUUUUGACUA